GUUGGUGGCUGACAGCAAAUUUUAGCCAAUUUUCGUUUUUAUUUUCGUAGGAACAUAAAAUCCUGUUUUAAACCUUUACUAUACAUUUCUUCUUAAACAAUCUGUACUAACUAGAGAUACAACUAAAAGUUGUAUUCAUUAAUACUUUGUAAUUAGUAAAGAUUAUUAAAGUGGGUGGAUUCUGACUAAUAAUUAGGAGAAUUUUUAUGUGUGUCAUGCCUGCAAAAUUCAGGUAUUUUGCUGAUGAUGAACAAUGAAGGGUGUCGAUAAUUCUCCAUCUGAUCGCGAAGGAAUGACAAACAAACCUAUAGUAACAUGUGCCGGAGACUGGAAUCUGUUCUGCACAUUAGAGGCGCCACUUGUAGCAGCAAUACCCCAAGACUCCUGCGAAUGGAGGCGGUCUUAUGGCCGCGUAACCAAGUCUGUGUACUUAGAAGCAUCAUUUGUCAAGUACAAUAGGGAUAAGCUGCAGUCUGAGUAUAGUCUGCUGAAACGACCAAUAUUUCACAUCUACUGGACUGACUGUGUGGAUAUAGAAUAUUACAAAACCACACUGAGAGAAGACGUAGAAUCAUGGCUGAAGCAUCUAGAAAAGAAUGGGGUAACAGAUUGGAUGAUAAUUUUAGUAGAAACGUACGAUAUAAGGAAAACUAACAAAUUGCUACCGAGGACCACGGUGCUGGACAAAAUAAAAGGGGACUUCGCAGUGAAGCAGACUGAGGACAGAUUUAUAUCGGUGAUAAACCCUAUAAAGUCUGAAGCGAGGAGUGCUGAAUCGUGGAGGUCGCUCGUAGCCAAGAUGAGGCAUCUCAUUCUCGUAGCAUACAAUAAAGCCUUGAUAAAAUUUGAGGAGUAUACGAGGGAACAGAGAGAGAAGAGAAAUGACCCAGAGUGGGAUUUUUGUAAAUACUUCAUUUUACAGGAACAACUAGCAUUUGUCUUAGAAAUGCUAGGUUUAUACGACGAAGCGUUAGUUCAGUACGAUGAAUUAGACGCCCUAUUUUCGCAGUUCGUUCUAAAUUCAAAUGUGACUGCUAGUCCAAAAUGGCUGGACAGCUUUAGACAGCCAAUCACGUCGUGGCAAGCUGUCAAGUUGACAGCCCUGGUUCCGCAGAAACUGAGAGACCUCAUCAUAAAAAAGAAAGCUUCCUUACUGGACUUCAGAAGCUAUCUCUUCCAACGCCAAAGUGCCAUGUUACUGCUUACUAAUAAACCUUGGGAGAUCGCUUCGCGUUGUCUGGCGACGGUGCACAGCACUCUAGUUGAGCUAAACCUCCUGGGGGCGUCGGCAGUGGAGGGCGCCGCGGCUUGUUGGGCCCAAUUGGCAUGUGCCGAGACCCUGAGGGCGAUUGAGAAGCUGUCCGCAUCAAACAGUGCCUUGGAAAUGUGCACCGCAACACAAGCACCGUUGCUGCACAAUGCUAAGGAUAAGCUUCACGAGCUAGGCAAGCUCUGUGGUCUUCUCCCUGGAUCCCCAGACCCAACAUCUGAACAGCUGCACCUAGUAGUGAUGCUGUCAGCUGGGAUGGGCGACAGUGAGCCUAAUAACCAACAACCUACGCCCACGGAUCGAUUGAAAGAGGCGCUGUGUAGCAAAACUUGCUUCCAACAAUACUACCUUGAGCUGGCUGAAUUGGCUAUGGGGACUUAUAAGCAUAUUGGAAGGUUAAGAUUCGCGAGACUAAUCGGCCGUGAUUUGGCAGCGUUUUACUCAGAACUGGGAGAGACUGGGAAGGCGGUAGUCUUCCUCAUGGAUGCUUUAAGGUCGUAUGAGGAGCAAGGAUGGUGGGACCUCGCCGCGCAGACCAGGCUCGAGCUCGUCGCCGCCGCGAAGAAGAUGAAUGAUAUGGAUAGAUAUACAAAGCUCUCUGCAACAAUAGCAUGUACUGCCGAAUUAGAGAUUCUAGUCAGAAACUUUUACUUCGAAGAGAUGAUGAAGUCUAUAAAGGACAAUUUACUAGACAAAAGCGAUACCGUAUUGGCUGAGCUCAACGACUGUUUUAAGAUAGUCUCAGCGACAUUAAUACCGUCUGAAAGAGGGGUUUAUAUCACCGACAGCACAGUCCAAUGCUGCUUGGUGGUAGACAGUAACUUCCCCAAAGAGGUGUCGUGCUCUCGUGCAGCGAUCAAUAUAGAGAAAUGCAAAGACGCCAAGCAGGAGAAACGGACUCCGAUGAAAAGUUACAAGACUGAUUUAAGCGUUAGUGUUGGUGUGCAAACUGGAUCGCCGAAAAAACCCACCAGCUAUUCAGAUUGUGAUUCGGCUAACCUAAUUAGUAGUAUAAGACUAGACGACCUCAAACCUAAGAAUCCGUUACUGAGUCCGCUCCAGAUUACAUCGCAGUUACACUACAAGGAAGACAAGACCCUGCAGAAGGCUACCCUGGAGUGCCAGAACCCCAAAGUCACCCUCAAACGCUCAGACAGCAGCAAAUAUAGGAAACCGUCCGCCACAGUACGAAACGACUACCAACACAGCUUCUCAGCUGAUAAUUUAAUACUAAAACCCGGAAUCAACGAGAUAAACCUAGAAUACCCGGCUAAAACCUGUGGAACUUUUAAACUUGGUCAGGUUUCGUUACUAGUUGAGAAGAAAUUGGAAUUUUUAUCGAAUGUGUUAAUACCUAUUAAGGUGGGGUAUGAAGUGGUGACUCAGGGUGUGAAUGUGUAUUUGAAUAAGGUGGAGCCGAAAAAGGAUCUGGUGGCGGGGUUGGAACAUGCCAUGGAGCUGGUCGUUACUAGCGGUAGCUCGCCUUUACAAGAGAACUCAACGAUUCUCCUUAAAACGUCGACGGGUCUGUUAAUCCGUUUUGCUGAUAACCCGGAGGGUCAAAUGUCCCGGGAAUUGAGUAUCCCCGUGCCGGCCAGCAAGCCGUUUGAGAGCACCCGCGUACCGCUGCGGUUAUUCGCCAGCUUGCAGCCCAAGAGAGAGAAGAGUAUAGAGCAUACGGUGUGGCUCAACUGUCCAUGGUGGGACACGGUGACUGAGGUCCCUCUCCACUUCUCCCCGCCAAUAGUGGCGGCAUGGCGGCUACUCACUUCGAACACUCGGAAGUUCGUGCACGUUACGCUCAAGUCUUCCGUCGCUCACUUCUUACAGUUCCGGCUGACUAACCCCAAGUUGGAUUGCGAUAAUAACACCACCGUGUCCGAUUUAAAUCCUAAAAAUGCAAAAGAAAUGAUGCUAGCAUCGGACGGUACAACAGCUUCCUUCAUGUGGGAGCUUCAAAAGGACCCACUAGUCAAGGCGGGCCCUAUGAAGGCGACAUUCUCUAUCGACUAUACGCCUGUUGGCAUUGAGGAGCCUUCUAGAACAUUCAAUUGUCCUUUUGACAUACAAGAUUAUACCACUUUGUUCGUGAUCCGGACGAAAUUAGAGCCCAGUAAAGGAUCCGAUUUCUGUAGGGCUUCGCAGAUGUGCUGUCUUCAGCUUAGUGUGCAGAGGGUAAAUGAAACGGAAUAUACGUCACUCAUGUACGAAGUGUUGGCCGACCAAUCUAUGUGGGCGGUCCUCGGUCGCACAGCAGGAGUGAUAACUAUGGAGUCGGAGUGCACGGAACCGCAGUGCGUGACUUUGGACGUGAUGCCGCUGGUCGCCGGGUACCUACCGCUGCCCACCGUGCGACUGUCCAAAUACAUCGCAGCUAGCGCCAAAGACCUUAAAAAGGAAAACACUGGCCAUCCCCGUUUGGAGCCGUUCAGUCCCGGUCAGGUGUACCACGCAGGCAAGGCGAAGCAGGUUCAUGUCUUGCCACCAGCUCCUAAAGAGCAUGUAGACCCAUCGGCUUAACACGAUACAUUGGGCGACGUAAGUUGCUAACACUGGACCUUAAUGCUAAGAUAUGUUCGACCACUUUUGUUACUGACUCUAUAGCAUGACGCCACUCAGAGAUUCCAGAGAUUGUCACUAUUAAAGAUCGCGCACGUUUCUAGUUACUACACUUGUGGACAAAAAACCGACUCAAGUUUUCUUAUUGUGUAUAUGAAAAUAUACUCUCCUCUGCGCGAAUUAUUAUUUGUCAUUAUUGUUUUUAAAAUGUUUUCUUUAAAAUGAUUCUAUUGUAGCAUAAUAUAUGUGAUGAUGUCUGUAUGAAUUUAGUAGAAAUGUAGGGGUUCAGAGAAUUGAGACAAAGGUUCUUAAAAUGGUUGUUAAAAUAAACAGCAAUAUAGGUUGUAAAGACAGUGUCGACUAAAUUAGAUCUUGACACGGCAUCGCUUAGUGACAAGUUGCGCCGCGGACGCGUUUUUACAGAGAUUGGUAGUCUAUUUACUAACGAGGUCAAUGUAAAACGACCAUAAACUAACCCACGGCAAGAACCUCAGGCCAGAACACACCUCAUUGUACUUUUUUGGUAGACAGUUAAUAAAACCACGUUACACAACGAGUCGAUUUUUUGUCCAUAAGUGUAUACCACAGGUGUGUAUACCACAGAUGUGUAUACCACAGAUGUGUAUACCAUAGUUGUGUAUACCACAGAUGUGUAUACCACGGAUGUGUAUACCAGAGAUGUGUAUACCACAGAUGUGUAUACCACAGAUGUGUAAACCACAGAUGUGUAUACCAUAGAUGUGUAUACCACAGAUGUGUAUACCAUAGUUGUGUAUACCACAGGUGUGUAUACCACAGAUGUGUAAACCACAGAUGUGUAAACCACAGAUGUGUAUACCACAGAUGUGUAUACCACAGAUGUGUAUACCACAGAUGUGUAUACCAUGGAUGCGUAUACCACAGAUGUGUAUACUACAGAUGUGUAUACCACAGAUGUGUAAACCACAGAUGUGUAUACCACAGAUGUGUAUACCACAGAUGUGUAUACCACAGAUGUGUAUACCACAAAUGGGUAUACUAUAAAACGGUAUUCCAAAGAAAGGACUAAUGUUUUCAAUGACAGUUGUUACUAGUUGAUUAAGGAAUGAAAUAUGAGAUUAAGCUUGCGUCGUAUUAGAAGUGACUGCAGGUUGCCAUUUGAUUGCUUCUGCUCACCUCAUUUGGAAUUUAAGCAGUGAAAUAAAAUCCGUCAAAUGAUAUAACCAGUUUUAAUAGACAAAACACUUUAAAAGCAUUACCAAUAAAAAAUAAUAAGCGGUGCAGUUAGUAUUGAACAGCCAAGCAAAAUUGAAUUGAAUUUUUUGAUAAUUAGAUUACAUUUCGCUCAGCUGACAAAUACUUAAACACACGUAAGGUGAUAUGUUAUUUACUAAGUUUGGCUAAAAUGGCAAUGAAUGGUUACAUAAUAUAUAAGUAUAAGACGUGGAAUUACAAGGCUAUUUCAAGGAAAUAUACAAUUGUACAGUUUCCUAGGUCAAAAAUAAAUUAUGAAAUUCUGAUUACUAAAUAAAGACAGAUCUAAAGGUGACAAAAAACGUUUUGUAAUAAAGAAACAUGUAAUUAUAAGAGCGUUGUUUUGUCACGUUUUUCUAUGACGUCACAGGUUGCUCUUUCAUACAAAUUACAUAGUAAUUUCGUGUUUUUACGCUUAGUAAAAAGUAAGUGAUUUGACUAGUUGGAAACCACCAUAUUCAAUAAUUUAUUUCUUGCCUUACGGAUCACUGUAUCCCCCACAAGGUGGACCGAUGGCCUCCUGAAGCAGAUGGCAUUAACUACUUAGCCGGAGAAAUGGGAAGCUCCCAUUCUGACCUAACGGAGAAGGCUCCGCCCCAUGAAUACUCAUAGAACCAAAAACCCUCGUGUUCUCUGACUUAUCAAUGGAACCUCUGAAUUGUAUCGUAACUCGUAAUUGGAAUAAUAUUCUGUUUCAAUAGGAUUUCCGUAUAAACCACGCCUGUAUUUCCUAUACGGGUGAGUAGAGACCACGAAAUUCUACGUCCUACGACUCUGACAAUGUUUAUAAUAGAAAAUCCAUUGAAACAGAAGCUUAUAUACAGGCGUUAUGUAUGUAAAAUAAUUAGUCAAGUAUUAUUUUGGAAAAUCAUUUACGAUUUUUUUAAGGAUGUUCUACCUUAUACGAACCGUCGCAAAACGGGGAAACCCAUACAUGCUUUAUUACUGAAUAAAGUUAAUUUUGAUACUGAUUUUGGCAAAUGCAAACUUAAGGCCGGCACGCCAAAAGCAAUUCAGAUGCAGCGAAGUUAGUGCGUGUGCGCGGAUGUUGUAAUAUAAGAAAUCAUAUGUAGUGCGUCACAGCAAAGGCAGUAACAGCGCAGGCGCAGUUUGAGCGCGGACAGGAGCGGCGGCAGCGCAGUUCAGUGCAGUCUUUGAUCUACACGAACAAAUCAUCGAGUUUAUAUGAUUUUAUAGACAAAUAUAACACAACGCUGUGGGAGAAUAUUGCGAGCCCGCGUUGAAACUGCCCCCGCGCAGCUUCGGACCCGCUUUUGUUGUGCCGAUGCUUUUAUUUUUACGUUUUCACCCCCUCUGGGUCUGGCAUGACCACAGUCGUCGUUCUUUACGAACGCAGAGCACAAGAAAAAGACAGUGUUAGCUGUGGAACUGACAAAAUAAAAAUAGGUUAGCAUCUGCCAAAAUCAGCACCAUUGUGAUCCUUUUUCCUCCUCGAGUCUCUAAAUUGACCCACUAGUGGGACCAUGAGGAUUCAUGUCUCGUGGACCAUUUGGCUCCGGCCAAAUAGUUAAUGCCAUCUGCGGCAAAUCUACAAUAGGUCACGUCAAAAAAAGGACCAUUUGGUCUACGUAAUGAAGAAUUUACUUCGUCGAUCUGCAUUGAAAAACUGUUAAAAAGGACAAAGUAUGAUUUAAAUAUGAUUUUGUUAUAUUUACUCGCCGGAUGAUCGACGUUAUCUUUUUAGAAUUAUUUUCACUACAUAAUGUUUCCAAAUCUAUUUUGCGAAGUGGUGUUUUUUUAUCCACUCUUUGUUAUAAAUCCCUUGCGAUAUACUUUACAAAGAGAAAAUUUGAACCGCAUUCGCAUGGACAGGAGGAGGACCCGAUUGUGUAAUGGUUAAUACGCUCUUCCCGGCUUGACAAGGGCUGCGGGUUUACGUCCCGUCCAAGUCACAUUUUUUUUCGAUUUAAAUUUUCUCUUUGUGAGUUUUCCUAAACAAAAAUAUAUCUUUAAUACGGGUCGUUUUUUACGUGACUUAAUGUAAGUUUUCCUCAGAUGUCAUUAACUGCUUGGCCGGACAAAUGGGGCUUCACCCGGGUUUAAAAAAACAACAGGCCUCAGGCUUAGAGCGACGUCUAACAGGGUUUAUAAUUGAAAGAAUUAAAAAAAAAGAUAAUCACUGAAUGAGGGAAAUCGUCGACCACGACGGCGGGGUCGGCAUCGGGUUCCAAGCCGCGCCCGCAAGCAUAAAAAAUAAACAUGUCUACCUACAUUAUGCUUAGUCCUACAAACGUGAUGUGAUUCAGGUCUACGAGAAAUGAGUAUCCCUUGAGGUUCCAUUACUUAGUCAAUUUAAUGGGUCCACGAGAAAAGAAGGAGAUAAUUUAAGGGUAUAGAACGUGUUCUGUGACAUUGCAAGUAUAUGGAAGAUGUAAUGCUGACUUGAAUCUAAUCUAGCCUACAAGAUCCCACUGCUGGGCAAAGGCUAUAAGUAUAAGCGUAAUAAUCGUAAAAAGCUUAUAGAACUUGUGUAUACACGCCAUAGAGAAACACGGGCCGUGAGAGUUGGCAAAGGUAACAUAUUAUACAUCAAUGAGCCAAAGCGUCGAUACAAAAUCCAGGUUUUGCAAUAGGAAUCUGCGACACGUCACUUUGUGUUUGUACUAAUAGGGUAGUUUCCAACUAGUCAAAUCAGUUACUUUUUACUAAAUGUAGAUCGAGCCGUUGCGCCAGACUUUAUCGAACGCCUUCGCCACAUCGAAGAAGAGCGCUCCCGUAGCGACAGGUUUUUUAUAGUUCAAUUUACUAGAGAUGUGUUCAACAAUACGGAGCACUUGUUGAACGCAGGAGUGCCUAGUUCUAAAACCAAACUGCUCCGGGGGAAUAGGACUUUUGGAUUCGGUAUAGUCCCGAAAUCUAGCAAAUAAGAGCCGUUCAUAAAUCUUCCCCAUGGUAUUAAGGAGACUUAUGGGACGGUAACUCGAAGGUUUUUAGGUUUCCCAGGCUUAGGUAAAGUAAUAAUUUGUCUUUCUUUAAUAUGCACGAGAUCCAUGGCUGUAUAGCUAAAGGCUGUAAGACUCUGUUCUCUUUGACAUUUCUAUCGAUAACUAUCAACUAACCGCUCAGCAUUAUCGAUUGUUAUUGUUUAAAUCCGCCUUAACUAACGCGCGCAAAGAUUUGAGAACCGUACAGCCUUGUCUUUAGUAAUUUAUUCUUCGAAGUACAUGUUCAAAAUAGGCCUCGUCUUCAGUUUUCAUAACCGUUUGGUCCAAAGCCUUGACUUCAAUUUUCAAUCUCUGACUUAAUAUCCAGUUUAGGUGACAAGAUGAAUCGCUUAGGUAUAAACAGUUUCUAGGAUACAAAAUAGUUUUGACGGUCCAAGUCCAAGUCAAAGGUCCAAGAGGGUCCUAUGGUAGACAGGAACGCCUGCGCAUGACUACUCAUUUUCCGUGUUGCUCUAAGGGCACAUUAUGGAGCAAACGAAUGGCAAAUUGUAACAACAAUAUUUCACCAAUAUGCUCAGUGAAUUUAUAACUCGUGUUAAUAAUUACCGUAUUUAAGGUCACAUUUUUGCAAUAAAGAUGUUUGUGCUUUUUCUGUGAUUGUUAUGUAAUGAGAGGAAUAUUUUGAAUAUACUUAUAUUAUCAUCAACAUAUUCCUUUACACAUCUACAUAAUGAAUAAUGAGUUAGACGCGCUCGAUAUACUCUAUACGACCUAAACAUUAAUAACGCUAUCGAUUAGAAAUAUAAUAUAUAUGUAUAAAUAAUAAACAUGAAUUAAGUACCUAGAUUCAUCGGACACAACAUCGGUACCCAUAUUGCACAUUAUAUAGUAUUCUAAUAUAUUUACGACAAGCUAGAUAGGAUACUGGUUGCCUUAGUAACACGUAUUAACAAUAGUACAUGAAUAGUUUUACGCAUAAUCAGUCACACAUGAGUAUAAUUACCGCCGAUUUGUGCCCAUGUUACAAAAGUUAUAUAAUUAUACAAAUUAAAUCGUGCUCAAUAAUAAAGUCGCCCAUUUUUGUCCAUAUAGUGAGAAUAGUCUGUUCAAUUCAAGUGAGAUUUGGACCACACAUGUGAUAGACCAUUUGCUUCUUAAGUCUAUGUAUAAAUGACUAGCUAAGAUUCGUAAUGUCUCGUCACACUGUGCGCAUGACGGGGCAGUAGCGUGACGUCAGCGCCGCGCUAGUAGCUUAACUGUUCUAAAGUGUGUGACGUUUCCUCCAUAUACGCCUCCCUGGCGUCGCGCUAGCUCCCCGUCACGCCAAUAAUAUGACGAGACCUAUAUGCUGUAUCCGAGUGCAGAUUAAUGAUUAUUAAAAACUCGGCGUGCUAAGACAAUUUUAUAACUAUGUAGAUGCUAUGGCCUAGCUGGCGGGGGUACGUUAAAAUGCCUUUUAUUUUUAAAAUGAUCGUUCUUAAUUGUUAGUUUUUUAAUGUACGAUUUGCUAAUAAUUGCGAACUGUCGUUUUUAUCUAUUACAUUUAUUUAUUUUGUUAAAAAAACUAACGUAGUUUCAAUUAAAAUAACUGAAAUGAUUAAUUUUAUUAUGUAUUUAUAUAAAAGCGCCCCCUCGGGCUGAAUGAGGGAAGGCCUGUGUCCAGCAGUGGGACGUAUGUAGGCUGUUUAUGAAUACAUUAAGCGAAAUACAACUCGCUGAUUAAUCACGAAAUCUCAGAAACUACAAGUCCUAGGAGUCUCAAAUUUUGUACGAGGCUUCGCUUUAGGAUGUAAGUGCUCACUAAGACGAGAUUUGGCGAAAUUCAGCCCCCAAAGGGUUAUAAAAGAGGUUGAAAGUUUGUUUUUAAAGUAGUAAUGGUGUAAUUUCGCGGGUGGACAGCUAAUACAUUUAUGUGCUAGACUAUUGACAAUUUAAAAAUAAAGGCAUUUAAGGGUGCCCUACCGUAGUUUAUAAUGCUUUAGCCUGUCUCCAUAUUCUAGUGUUGUACAAUAUUAUAACGUUAUUCUCACCAACGCGGCUAAAGGGUAGAAUGUGGAUAUCAGGGUAAGUGACAACAUACUUUUCGACUAGUUUUGCCGUUUUUAGUAUUGAAUAGAUCUUUUACAUGUGAAUGAGUUACAGCCAUCCACGAUGCAGUAGGUUAGUAUUAUUGUUACUAAAAAUUGUUCCCUUUUAUAUACGAAGCGCCUUAUGAUGAAACAAAGUUUAUGACAUCAAGGUUUCCUACAAGCUUUCAUCAGUGGUGACUCUAUUGCAGAUCCGGAUAUUUUGGUACAUUCACAUAGAAAAUGUAAAAACGCAAAACUAGUCUAAAAGUCAUCCAAAAAUAGUAAGAAAAACAAUGUCAUAGUAACUAGGAAAAACAUGUUUUAUAACAAUUUGUUUUUCCUAAUCCCUUCGACAUGUAUACAAUUUCAAAUUCGAGAUACAUAUAGAGAAAAAAGCUUUUUGCUUUGGUAACUUAGAAUCGAAAAUUGAUAAUACCUUAACAAUAAUUAAUUAGCUAGAUAAUUAUGGCUAGAAUACUAGAUGUGUUUUUGAAAAAUGUUGUUUAGGUUUAGCGAAAAUGUUUUGAUUUCUUAUUUCAAAGUUUAUAUAAAAAAGGUAAGAAUUCUUAUUAACAGAAAACAUGUUUUAGGAAGAUAUACGACCGGUUCUAUUUUUAAUUUAUGCGUCUAGAUGUCUAGUCGUAUGAUGGUGCCGAUUCUAACAGACACCUCUUAAUUUAAAGUUAUACCUGUCAAUUUCUUAUCAGCCGAAAAUGACAGGGACGGAUGAUUGAUAGCUGUUAAUUUUAAAAUGAACGAGGGGAUUAAAAACGAAUCACACGAAUCAAAAAGGUAUCUCGCGUAUGCAAGCCGUCUGUAAGUCUGUCGAGAUGGUAUUAAAAUUCCUGUCUAAAAUCCCUUUACUUUUCGGCGGAUAGGAAUAUGACAGGUAAAACUUAAAAUAAAAUUGGAAUGUGUUUUUCUGAAGUCAGUUUCAACUUGGCUGUUAUUUUAUAUCUAUCAAUGAAAGUGUGGCUAAACUUGUCAGAGUUUUCAUUAAAUUCCGGGAUCCGGGGCUGGGGGCAUAAUUUCUUUAUAAUUCGACUAUCGAGACGUGUUCCUUCCGUCAAACAAAUAUUUGGAAGGAACGCCUUUCUCACGGGCCCCGGUACCAUAGUAACGUAUUAUAAUACAAUGGACCCGGGUACUACCUAUAUGAAAAAUCUGACGUGUGCAAUGACGAACGAAUUACUGUCGACGACACGUUUCAAGAGAUAAUUAUUUAUAUAAUUAUUUCUGUACCUACACAGACGCGAUAGGAGCUUCUUUUUUUAAACUAGAUGAUUGUAUAUUUGAAUUUAAAUGUAAAGAAAACACACGUUUUAUUCUUAAGUUUUUCAUUUGAGCAUUUCCUUCCAUAUGCUAGUUUUUAUUUUCAAUGCCAUAUUAUAAUACUUUAUUUGGAAACCACAACGAUAAUAUUCAGCCUAGUCUCCCAUCUUGUCUUCUCUUUUUUUUAAGUUGUACAUAUUAAAUGGAUUUAUAUGGUGCUGAUUAGCGGCAAAUCGUGCGUACAGUUGGCAGAAAAGUCAAAUCAAUUUAUGAUGUUGAAUAUUCAGAGUUGAAAAAUAAUAUUUGUAUGUGAGAUUUCUGGUUUGUUAUUCUAACUUUCUCGCCAAUCUAUACAAGAAUUUUUGGUGGUACGGAUUAUUAAUUUAACUGUAGUUUUAUACCUACACAACUUGGUGUCUAUAUUAUCUUAGUGCAUUUGGUGUAUGUUUAUUUUUAACUGUUUAAUCGGGUUCAAAAUGUAUAACCUAGUGCAAUUACAUAGUUAACGUCCACUACUAGUUAUAGGGACAAGGUAAGACCAGUGCAGAUGCUCAAGACUAAGUAUUCAAAAUGUAUUAAAAUCUAGAUUUUUGCUGAACAAGAUCGCGUAAGUUUUGUUAUGUUUAUACAUAAUGCUGUCUAACAAAUGUAAACCUAAUUGUAUUUUAGUUUCAGAGUGGUGCUAAUUCCUGUAGACACCAACUUAAUUUUAAUUUAGUUUGACACAAUUUUUAGAGCUAUCAGACUAAAAUAAAUACAAGUUUUUUUCCGCCAUAAACGGCAACAGUUUUAAAGUAACUAUCUGUGUAUGACAUUUUUAAUAAGUGAAGGACAGUACGACUUAUAUAGUUUUCAAACUAAACUAAAAUAAUAAGCAAUAUAAAAGAAGUCCAUAGGGUCGAAAUCUCGGCAGAAAGCUAGUAGAAAAAAAAACUAAUUAAGACACCAAUGAACUCGCUGCCUAAGUAAACUGCAGAACCGUAUUAUUUGUCUAGUAUUUGUACCAGUGUAUUCGUGUAGUAUCUGUGGUAGGUCGUAGAAUGAAUACAUGCAAUACCAUAUACUAAAUAUAAGGACUGACCAUUUCUGUACUGGCUACCACUUAUUAGUCAAAUACAUACACUCGCCCGUGAGUGGGGCUUCCUACUUGAGUUCGUAAGUCUUCUGACUAUAGAUGGGUAAUCGACCCCGUGUUUUAGGAAAAUUGCCAAUUUAAAAAAAACAUGGGUCGCACAUCUAUACAGGGUGUUAGUGACCGGUGUCACUGAGGGAAAUGAUUCAGUUCAUGAUUCUGAGUCAAUAUCAAGUGAAAACUUUACACAAAAUACCGGAAAGAUUACCAAUUUACACUUACGACGAUGUGUAUAUGGGCUACUCGUAUUCGUGAUGGGUUAUUGUCGUUCAUCUUACGGUUCAUCAUAUCCAUCUUAAGGCAUAUUACACUGACCAAUCCAUCGGGUGUAGGUAUAAAAUGUAUGGUUAUUACACUGUACGGUCCCGACGCUGGAUUGGGUAAUGUAAUAAGCCCCUUACCGACACUUUAAUUAGUGUCUGCAAGUAUAUUUAUUUUGUUGCUUCUGAUGACUUAUCUGCGCUGCUCGAUAGCGAUAUGCGCGUGAUUUUUGUAUUUAUUUAAUAUAAAUAUCACACUAUGCAAAUGAAAAUCAAACCUUCAUUAUUUUUAUGUAUUAUUACUAUAACACAACAUAACUUCAUGACUAUAUUAUACCCAACUGGGCAAGCUUGGUGACGCGUGGGUACAUAGUUCAUCUUGCGAUGGUUGUACGGUCACGAGGAUUAAUAUGUAUACACUUUGGUACCAUGUCACAUUAACUUUUUUGACAAAUUGAACUGUAAGUCUCACUAAAUGUCAAAUAUGUUAGUGCGACGGAGUCCUAAAGUGGGUACAUUAUAUUGCUCAUGACUGUACCUCUGUCUAGCCUAGGAAUAUACUUAGUUGUGAGCUUAUUACUGCACGUUCUUUUUUUAUUGAAUACAGUGAUUUUUUUAUUAUCACAUAUUUUUCGGUUCAAGUUACGCCAAUUUUAUAGUUAGUUUAGUUACAUUUAUGUGUACUCAUUAAGUAAUUAUGAUUAAACAUGUGUAAGUAUUGUAUGUUGUUAGGUUUUGGGCAACACUGUUUGGUUUAGAAGAUCAAUAAGAAAAAGUCAAAAUUAUGUUAUGGCACCUAGUUUUAUAAAAGGUUGUAUGGUAUAAAUAUGAAUUAUGCUAUAUGUAAGCCAGGGAAUGAAGAGAUGGAAGACUUUGUUUGCAAAACUCAUAAAAACAUUUAUUUAAUCACAAAUAAUACUAUUGCACUUAUUACAUUUUCACCGAAUUGUAAGUCAGUAUCAGAAUAUAACAUUAUAAGUUCGUUUAGAUUUACGAAAAAAGUAAUUUUCUACUAUUUAACCUAGGCACGACAUCUGUUCCAACAGUUACAGAUAAAUAUAAUAUUAUAAUUGUGUAAAUAGACAUAUAUUGUAUAACUGGAGAUUGUAUUUAUGUUUCAUACUAUGUAUAAUAAUUAGGAGUACCUAUCAAUAUAACGUUUAUUGUUAA